AUGGCAGAGGCCGGGUCCCUGCCCACAGGCUUUGGGGAGCUGGAGGUGCUGGCUGUAGGGGUGGUGCUGCUGGUGGAAGCUCUCACCGGCCUCAGCCUCAAUAGCCUGACCAUCUUCUCCUUCUGCACGAGCCCGGAGCUCCGGACCCCGAGCCACCUGCUGGUGCUGAGCCUGGCUCUGGCGGACAGCGGGGUCAGCCUGAACGCCCUCGCCGCAGCUACGGCCAGCCUCCUCCGGCGCUGGCCCUAUGGCUCAGGUGGCUGCCAGGCUCACGGCUUCCAGGGCUUCGCAGCCGCUCUGGCCAGCAUCUGCGGCAGCGCGGCCGUCGCCUGGGGGCGCUACCAUCACUACUGCACCCGCAGCCGAUUGGCAUGGCGCACGGCCGCCUCCUUGGUGCUCUUCGUGUGGCUGUCUUCGGCCUUCUGGGCAGCACUGCCCCUCCUGGGUUGGGGCCACUAUGACUACGAGCCCCUGGGGACCUGCUGCAGUCUGGGCUACGCCAGGGGGAGCAGAAACUUCACCAGCUUCCUCUUCCUCAUGGCCUUUUUCAACUUCCUCCUGCCCCUCUUCAUCACAUUCACAUCCUAUCGGCUCAUGGAACAGAAACUCGGGAGGACCAGGCCCCCCCAGGUGAAUACCACUCUGCCAGCCAGGACGCUGCUGCUCGGCUGGGGCCCCUACGCCCUCCUGCAUCUCUGUGCAGCCCUCGCGGGCACGGCCCUCAUCCCCCCCAGGCUACAGGUGGUGCCCGCUCUCAUUGCCAAAAUGGUGCCCACAGUCAAUGCUGUGAACUACGCCCUGGGCAGUGGAAUCUGGCAGCGCCUGUCCCUGCAGUGA